CGAGCGGCCACGGCGCGACGUCAAUGGCUCCUGUCUGUAUCCGUCAAACGGAGAGGCCUCGGCGCAUUGACUGAUUGGAUGUACCGCAUGUCUGACAAGCGGAUACGUAAACUACAGCGCGCACUGGGCUUAUUGAGCCUGCGCUAACAAGAAAAGAGGAGGUUCCCGAACAGAGUCCUUUAUUUAUUUCUUUGUUUCCACUGUGGAAAGAUAAUAACAGCGACAUUUACCGCCGCCACUUCAUUCAUUAUCGUUGUUCGUACACGCAAGAAAACUGGAUAAGAUUACAGUGGUUGCUCGAAGGCCAAAGCCAAGGGGAGGAGGAUGAAGCGGCGCAAUGCGGACUGCAGCAAACUCCGACGGCCGUUAAAACGGAACCGAAUCACCGAGGGUAUAUACGGCAGUACAUUUUUGUACCUGAAGUUCCUUGUGGUGUGGGCCCUGGUGCUACUGGCAGAUUUUGUGCUGGAGUUCAGGUUUGAGUACCUCUGGCCAUUUUGGCUCUUCAUCCGGAGUGUGUACGACUCCUUUAGAUACCAGGGGCUGGCCUUCUCAGUAUUCUUUGUGUGUGUGGCAUUUACCUCAGACAUAAUUUGCCUCCUCUUCAUACCAGUGCAAUGGCUAUUCUUUGCAGCCAGUACCUACGUAUGGGUACAGUAUGUUUGGCACACAGAGAGGGGGGUUUGUCUGCCCACUGUUUCUCUAUGGAUACUUUUUGUGUACAUAGAGGCAGCCAUCAGAUUCAAAGACCUGAAGAAUUUUCACGUGGACCUGUGUCGUCCAUUUGCUGCACACUGCAUUGGCUACCCAGUGGUUACACUGGGGUUUGGCUUCAAGAGCUACGUAAGCUAUAAGAUGCGCCUCAGGAAGCAAAAGGAAGUACAGAAAGAGAAUGAGUUUUACAUGCAGCUGCUACAGCAGGCUCUGCCUCCAGAACAACAGAUGCUUCAAAGGCAAGAACGAGAAGCAGAAGAAGCAGCACCAGCAACUAAAGGAAUAUCUGACCUGGACACACCUCCAGUAUCACAGAAUGGCGCCCCAGCUAAUAAAAAGACAUCGGCACCACUGCCAGAGCUAGAGUAUAGAGAAAAAGGGAAAGAUGGAAGGGGUGGUGGAGAGGCCAAAAAGCAGCACAACAGUAACAACAUCCUGCCAUCAUCUGUAGACUCUAAACUCCAGGAGAUGGAGUAUAUGGAGAACAAUAUGAACAACAAGAGACUGACUACAGAUCUGGGCAGUACAGAGAACCUGUUACCCAAAGAGGAAAACAAUUCCUCCUGCUCGUCCUCAUCCAAAAACUACAAAAAUGCUAGCAGCAAUUCCACAGCAAUCAACUCCUCACCCCGCAGCCAUAGCGCUACCAACGGCAAUGUGCCCUCUGCACCAGCAUCCUCUUCCACAGGGAAGAACGAGAAGAAGCACAAGGUAGCAGUGGGAAAAGGGACAUCAGGUGGAUCUCAUAGGGAUCCCACAGACAACUGUAUCCCCAACAACCAACUAAGCAAGCCAGAAGCACUUGUAAGAUUGGAGCAGGACGUUAAGAAGCUGAAGGCAGAUCUGCAGGCCAGCCGACAGGUGGAGCAGGACCUGCGUAGCCAGAUUGGUUCUCUGGGCAGUGCUGAACGCUCCAUUCGAACUGAGCUGGACCAACUACGCCAGGAGAAUGAGCUGCUGCAGAACAAGCUACAUAAUGCUGUGCAGGCAAAGCAAAAGGAUAAACAAUCUGUAGGGCAGCUGGAAAAAAAGCUCAAAGCAGAGCAGGACGCUCGAGCCACCGCCGAAAAGCAGCUUGCAGAUGAAAAGAAGCGAAAGAAAAUAGAGGAGGCGACAGCAGCCAGAGCAGUAGCCUUAGCAGCAGCAACCAGAGGAGAGUGCACAGACACACUGCGACGAAGAAUCACUGAAUUAGAAACAGAGUGUAAGAAAUUAACAAUGGAUAUCAAGCUAAAGGAAGACCAAAUCAGAGACUUUGAAUUAAAAGUGCAGGAGCUUCAUAAAUAUAAAGAGAAUGAAAAAGACACAGAAGUGCUAAUGUCAGCGCUGUCAGCCAUGCAGGACAAGACUCAGCACCUAGAAAACAGCCUGAGUGCCGAGACCAGGAUCAAAUUAGACCUGUUCUCUGCACUGGGUGAUGCAAAGCGACAGUUGGAAAUUGCACAAGGUCAGAUACUGCAGAAGGACCAGGAGAUCAAAGACCUGAAGCAGAAAAUAGCUGAAGUGAUGGCCGUCAUGCCCAGCAUCUCCUACACAGCCGACACCAGCAGCAUGACCCCUGUAACCCCCCACUACUCCUCCAAGUUCAUGGACACCAAUUCCUCCGGCCUAGAUCCCAACGCUUCUGUUUACCAGCCACUUAAAAAGUGAACGCUUCAUCAUGCUCCUCCAUCCAUCCUCUCUUCAUUUAUAUUUCUCCCGGCUCACCACCUUACAAUUUGCUCGGCAUGUCUGCGGCUGACUACUUUUUUUUUUUUUUUUUCUUCUUCUUUUGGUCAGACCAGAAGGAUGUUGUAUCGUGACUGUAUUUGUUGUAGUUAAAACAAAAGACAAAAAAAAUACUUAAAAUGGACAUAACAUGUCAAUUAGGAAGUCCCAGUUUUUUUUCUUGCGUAUCUAGUAAAACCUCACAGAAUUGGGUUUGUGCCAUCAUCUCAAGGGUGUUGCUUUCUCACCACCAUUGCAACAACCCGGAACCAGUUAACUGCUCUUUGGGGAAAAAAAGAUAGCUGUUUUAAUUUUUAUGGUAGACUUUUUUUUCCUUGCUAAAAGUUGGAAAACCGAUCUCUAUCAUCACUUUGCCUGACUUGUAUUCCAGUUUCAUUUACAAAAGAUAGUAUGGAAAUGUCUGUACAACCUGUAGAGGAAUGUAUUACAAAAAUUGAAAUGAGUCUUUCCCUAUUUAACAUUUUUUUUUAUUUACAAAGACACACCAAUAUUAAGAUCAUCAGCUGUUUGGGGCUGUCUGGUAACUAGUUAUUUUUCGUAAUGGGUUAUCAACAUGCUGUGAUUGUUAAAUGCAACAAUUUGGAUAAAGACCUUGUGUUGCAAGACAUUUUGAGUUAACGGAGCAAAGUAAGGGGAGUCUGUGUGAGAGACCACAGCUUCUUAGUACUCCAGACUCUAAAUCAGUUAUCAUGAUCACAGUGCCUUGGGUUGAGAACCUAGAGAGCAAGUUUGGAUUAGAAGGGACACAUCUGACUAAGCUGAAAAAGAAGAGAAUGGAAUUUGACCUCACCCAGUAAAGUAGGACGACGUUGCCCCGCAGUAUUGACUGUUUGGACUUCACUGAUUUUCCCACUGGCAGAGAAGCUGGUCUGUCAUGAAAUGCACCGAAGGGCACCAAGUCAAAGUUUCCCCUGGAUGGUGACAUGAUGUUGGUGUGAGUCCCUAAGUCUAGCUGCUACCCCCCAUUUUCUUUCUGAUUUCCAAUGUAAACUUGCACUACAGGAAACACAUUCUGCUUUAAAGGGAAACUGUAAAGACGGACAGUGCAAUGUAAAUGGAAACAAUUGAAAAGCCAACUUUGAUAUAGCAGUAAAUCAUUAUAUAAGUAAUCUUCCACUUUUAGUUUGUGUGCCAAGACUGGAAAGCUUGUGUUCAAGAAUGUACCAGAAAUACAUUGGCUGACAUGCAUCAGAUGUCCAGUUAUGACUUGAUGGAAGUUUAUGUUGAGAAGGUAGAAAAGUGGUCACGUGUUUAUAGUGCGUGUGGUUAAAAAUAAGGGACUAGAAAGUCUGAUUUUCAUGUGAAUGUUGCAGUAUUUGCUGUUGGGCAAGUGGCUGUUUUGAAGCGGUUUUCCUCACUCCUGUCUCCGGAAUUAUUUUCCCAUAGGGGAAGGAUGCUCCUCUGAUGUGGUUUCCCCAUCAUCUGGUAUGGCCAUUGUUCAGCGUGUGGUUUUAACCUACUGUAUUUGGAGAAGCUUUUAUUAUUAUUUUUUGCUCAUUGGCUUUUGAAAAAAGUUAGCAUACACAUUAGGCAGGUGUUUGGUUAACUGGUUGUUGAAAGCUUAGACAAGUGUUUUUGUUUGUUUUUUGUUUUCUGCCCACAGUCACUGCUCUGUUUCUCCCCAGGUCUGACCUUGGCUGCGCUCUUGCUCUGUGAGGUUUACAAGGAAUAAAAAAUUUUUUUCUUGCAAAUUGA